AUGACCUUGAGCACACUUUCUUGUGUUGUGUUACAUUACUAUACACAGACCCCUUGUUCUCUAUAGCUCGUGGUUGUUGUAACUGAACUCUAAAUCAUCUACUGUCUUUAUUUAUAGAUCACAGCCACAUUUACGUUAUAUUCUACGAUUGGGUAUAUAGCUGGAAGCACAAUAAUCUUACUGGAAUCAUUAAUCAUCUGUAAUUGGGGGUUCUGGUACCAAACUCAAUCUGAACACGCACAAGCCAGCUGACUUAAUGUGGCGGAAAACUUUCGCUUCAACAGUCCUGUCACCUUGUACAUAGUACAUCUGGCCUUAGACAUGGCGUGGACCAUGACUCGAAUAAAUUCAGCCGUAAAUAAUAACUACAGUCGUUACUUGAUACAUUGCAAACGUUAUUUAAAAGAAGUCUUAAGUUCAGGAGUACUGGGUGCUGAAGCAGCCUCACUUGAUAUAGUUGAACUUAUACCUGGAGAUAAGUAUGCUAAAAUUGAUGUCAACUGUAAACUACCAGUUUAUAAUGGCUCCAACAAACCUUCAAUAAAACAAACACCCACCGCAUUGGCAUUUCAUAUUCAGCAGUAUAUGAAUAGUGGAAGUAGUGAAUUAAGAUCACUUUUGCAUAAGGGUUAUCCAAAGAUGAAGAUUCCUGUUUUCCAGUUUUUUAUAACUGAACAGACCUGUAUAGUAAAUGCUCCUUCAAUUGAUUCAGAACAUUUACAGUCAUCCAACGAUGUAGUAUUUACUGCUAUUCCAGCGUCUAUCAAACCUAAUAAUGUUUAUGGAUUGGAACGUGAUAAACUUGUUAAAAUAAUUAAUUCAAGAUUGAAAGCGAUAAAGAAGAAAUCUCAUACUUUAGAGCCAAGAAAUUUAAUAUCUGAUAAUUAUGAAGAGAUAAAUAUCACUCCUGAAUCCAUUAAACAAGAUCACACUUCUAUCAGUGCAUGGGCAAAAUAUUGGAAGGAGAGUCAAGAUUGGCGAGCUAUAGCUAAACGCGAUAGAAGACUUCGUCACCAAAGUACAGGAUUAGAAUUUUUAACACAUAAUCAAAACAAGAGUAGUGACGUAGAAAAUUGACAUUUGACUAAACAUUGUGUAAAUAAUACUUAUUGAAAUCUAUUUCUUCGAAUUGUUGUGCUUCUUUCAAUAGAAAAAGGUUAAUAUUCUCUUUGUUUUAAACAUGGGAUAUGUAGAGUGUUACUAAUAGAGUAC